AUGAAGGCCUACGUUCUUUUGUGUCUUCUUAUUACGCAUGUUUCAUGCGGAUCUUUGGGGCUGGAUCUUUACGAUAACAAUGAAAAUUCCAAAGAAGUUAGUGUUCGUAGAUUUGGUAGCAUUACUGAUGGACUUAUCAUAGAAGUUUAUGAAGGAAAGAGAGAUGUUAUUUGUGAGGUUUUCUACAGGAAAAAACGAUUUUUUUGUGCGCCAAAAGACUAUUUUGUUUUGAGCAGAGUGGUUACUGUAGAAAUCCGCGAUUACAUAACCCUUGUUAUUGUUAAAACCAUAAAAAGAUAUAGCAGAGAAGCAAAAUACUAUCAGAUAAAGGGUGUCGAUGUAAUCGCUAUGGAGAGUGAGGAAGAUUAUCUGGAGGUUGCUUCUCAUAAAGCAAUCAGUGAUUCUCGUCGAAACACGAGGCCAAUUCUAGCAGCAGCUAAGGAAGACAACCACUUGGAUUCCAGUGGAAGUAUAAAUUCAUCCACCUCUGGAGAAUCUUUUCCGGACAAUGAAGUUUUGUUGGAGGAUAAAAAUGAAAAAACAAAGACAAAAGGGCGUAGAAAUAAACCAAAAAAUGGGAUACCCUCAUCCAGUAAUUUUGCCGACUCUAUGAGACAAAGAGGAUCAGGUAGUACAUUAAGUUCUAUAAAGGAAGGAGAUGAUGGUGUUACCAAUACUCAUGAGUUACAAAGUAAAGAUUCUCGUACGAAAGCAUUCAUGCCAGAUGGGAAUUUACAUGCAAAAUCUUUUGGACUUGAACACAGUUCCUCUGAUGGCGUUUUAUCCUCUCAAUUGUACACUCAAAACGAUUCAUCUGAUUCAGAAAGUAUUGAAGGAUCCAGAAAGCCUUUGCUGGAGGGAUUGGGAAUUGCGAAUUCACCAAGGACACCUAGAACCACCAUUUCUGCGAAAAUUAAUAAAAUUUCAGACGGAAUAAAGACUAGAAUUGAAAGUAUGAAAGUUACAGGGACAGGAGAGCAUAGUAAAAGAAAGUGGUACGGUUCUACAUGUGAGCAAAGUGCUGAAAGUAUAAAAUCAGUUGAUGGAUCCGAGCGACUUUGUGAUACCCCUGAAUGUAAAAGUUCCGAAUCUACGGGUAGUCUUAGAGGAAAUGUAAUUAUAAAUCCAAUUUUUAACGAUGGUGUACCAACCUCAAAGCCUGGCGAAAAGAAUUUAAUCGAUUGGGUCCCUGAUUUAUUCCACGGAGUUGUGAGGAGCAAUACAUUUUCUGGAGGGAAUAAUACUAGGCCAGAUCUUUCAAAAAUUUCUGCCGUUUCUUCAUCAAAGAGCGAACCUAAACUUGGGGAAAAUCAUUUGAAGAUUGGAUCGUAUAGCCGUGUUUCGACUGAUGAUAACUUUGGUGACAUUGAUACAUCACUACCAAGUGAACAAGAUUUUGGUUUGGCAAAUCAAGAAGAGAUUGAGGUUAUCUAG